CAGUGCCGUUCUACGGCUAGAACUGACGGCAUUUUUAGCAGAGAAUCACUGAAGUAAAACUGUUGAAAAUGACGUGCGAAAAUAGAAUAAAAUGUUGAAAAAGUAAAAUUUCGAAAUGAAAAAAAAAUAUAUAAAAAAUACAACAACAAAUACACUGCAUAGCACAAUAAAGUGAAAAUUCAAGCGCUAGUGUUAAACGCUAGUGAAAAACAAAUGAAAAUACAACAACAACAAAAAUACAAAAUAAAAAUAAAAUCUAAAAAAAAAAUUAAAAAUAUACAACAAAAACAACAGCACAGCGAGCGCGUUUUAUAUUCGAAUUUUAUUAAAAACAGCCAAAAGACUGCUCAUAAUUUUCGGUGCUUGGUCGUGCGCGCGUACACAUAACGUUGGUCAAAUCGCACGAGUGCGCACACAUUAUGUAAGCAGGACAUUUUGGAUACGAAACUUUCGAAACGCGUAAAAAAUAAAUAUAAAUUUAUAAAAAUAAAUAAAACAAUUUUUUUUUUGUAAAUAAAGCAUUUACAAUGGUGAAAAAAGCGAAAUUUUUGCAAAAGUGUUGAAAAAAAUAAACAAAAAAACGAGUAAUAACGAACGUUAAAUGAAAACGAAAAUCGCCCAAAAAUAAACUCGACAAUCAAGCAAAAUAUGUUACUAUUUUAAUGGCAAGAAAUAUUUGAAAAUAAAAAUUUAAAAAAAAAAAUUUGAAAAAAAAAAAUUGAAAAUAAACUUUUUUCAAAAAUUAAUAUUAAAAAAAAAAAUUAUGUUAGAAAAGAAAAUCAAUAAAAAAAUAAAAAUUUCCACUUUAAAUUAACAGUUAACACAUGUGUGUUGGCAUGCCAUGUGUGUUAUGGCACACAACAAAAAAAAUGUGCAAUUAUUUAUGACUAAUGCGAAACAACAACAAAAAUAACAACAACAACAACCAACUGCAAUCAUAACGUGCAAAACCAUUUAAAAUAAUAAUAAUAACUUCAACGCCAGCCGCUUUUUUUGCUGUGAAUGAUUGUUGCAACUGAAAUAAGCAAGUCCAUACGUAAACAAUAAUAAACUGCGUUGUUGCACGCGUCGCGUAAGCGUCAAUGUCAGUACUUACGUAUAAUAUAUACACACACACAUAAAUACAUAUAAAUAUAUAAUUAUAUAGUCUAGGUGUGAAAGUGCCGCAGAAAAAGCACACAAAUAUACACGGAAAAGAACGCUGAAAUCGUAAAAUAGCUGUAAAUACUAUAUAUAAUGUGAGCAGUGCUAAAAAAUAGUGAAAAAGAACGCACGGUGUACGCAUAAACAUUCAUUAACACAUACAAGCAAAUUGAUGUGCUUGAAAAAACAUUGUAAAAAAUGUUGUGAGUGAAUUAAAUUACAAACAUAAAAACUGAAUAAUAACAACAAAAACAACAUGCAUCACAUACAAAUGACGCUGCAGAAAGUUGCGCUUAACCUGCAACAACUGUUAAAUGCGCUUCACCGCAGCGCCAUAUCCACACAGGAUACAUGCGAACGAGUCACGUUUUAUGACUUUGCACAAAUUGCGUCAGAAAAGGAUAUUUGCCAACCAACAGAUGCACCGCGCUGGAAGCAACUACAUGCACUGUACGCACACUAUUAUACACUCCUUCUACACCACAUGUGGCCUACGCUGCUGCUAGCGUUGCAGCACUGCCGUGACAGCUAUCACAACAUACUGGACUAUGGCAUCGAUUGGGGCACACGCUUGGCGCAUGGCGCCACACAGCUCGCCAACGAUCAAGUAUUCAUGUUCGCGAUCAAAUUUUGUUUAUUAUUGCUCUUCCUCUUUCUCAUGCACUGGAUAAAAACGGCCAAAGCGCCAGCAACUCCAACGGCCACCGCAGCAAUUGUGAGCACGACGGUAACAACUAUGUCCAAUGUACCACUAAUAAGUGCCGAAAAUCGUAUUGAAGUGCUGGACGCCGAUUUAUCGGUGCAACGCGCUACAUUCUCCAUCGAAACACCCACAACGCCAGCGUCGUGUAUAACACCGGCUUUGACGCGUGAACUCGUUUGUGAUUUCAAUUUCGUUUCGCCGUCAGAGUUGCGUGCUGCGCUUGAGGCGGCCAAUCAGCGUAUGCUUGAGAUUGAGGAAAAGCGUCGCCGCAAACGCAUAACCAAGAAACGGAAAUGCGUUUCGGCGGGUCCCAUUUUGAUUGCGAUACGUACGAAAAAGGCACACAAACAACAGAAGAAGAAGGCACAAGAAAAGCUCGAGCUGCAGCAACAACAAUUAUUACAUCAACAACAACUGGAUCUCUUGACGCCGCCAAAUACAUCACCGGCGCGUGCCAGUUAUCUACUGCCGCGGGAGGAUGAGAACUUUUUGCCCGUGCGCACGGAACCGCUGACAAUCGGUGGUGCUGCAUAUGAAAUUGAGUUGGAUGCGGAAACGGAAGCGGAAAUUGUUGCUCUGAUGUGUGUUUCCGAACCACGUGGCACAAUGAGCACCACAGACGAUGUCUUUCCCGAUUCACCGGAUAGCAGUUUGUACGGUUCGGAAGAGGAACAGGAGGAUCCAUUACAGUAUUGUCGUGGCGGUUAUCAUCCAGUUAUAAUCGGUGAUAUAUUUGACAAUCGUUUUCGUGUUGUACGCAAACUUGGUUGGGGACAUUUCUCCACGGUUUGGCUAUGCAGGGAUCUCAAAGAGGAGAAAUACGUCGCAUUGAAAGUGGUUAAGAGUGCACCGCACUAUAUCGAAACGGCUGCCGAUGAGAUACGUCUGCUCGAAUCAAUACGUGAUGCCGAUCCAUUAGAUAUGCGACGUGAACGUAUCGUACGACUGCUCAAUCAUUUUACGAUACGUGGUGUUAAUGGCAAACAUUAUUGUUUGGUCUUCGAAGCGCUCGGCUGUAGUUUAUAUAAGUUGAUUGUAAAGAAUAACUAUCAGGGUUUGGCCAUCAGUCAAGUGCGCAACAUUAUCAAACAGGUGUUGGAGGGUUUGGAUUAUUUACAUACAAAAUGUAGUAUUAUACAUACGGAUAUUAAGCCUGAGAAUAUAUUAUUGGUGAUCGAUAAUGAGUCGGUGGUGAAUCAGCAAAUUGACGAUGAAAUCGCUAGUUUACGCGUGAAGGGCGCAGACUUUCCGGAUUCAUAUAUUAGUUCCAUUGAGAAGCAAGCGAAGAGUCGCAAUAAAUGGUCACUCACCGAUAUGAAUAUCUCAACAACAAACAGCACGGGUACAGGCAAUAAUUCCUCCACGUCAUCCACACCGUUGCCAACAACUACCGUUGCAACUUCAGCAAUGACCGGUGCAACGAUAACGGCACUCAGCAAGGAUGAUUCAAAUACAACAUUUAAUACGAACACAACUGCCUCAUCGUUGGCGUCUAAAUAUUCAGCCACUUUGCUGGGCGAAAAUGAUGGUGUAGGCGGUGGACGUACGGGCACCGAAAGCCCUUCGAUAGGCGGUGGUACACCUUAUGCGACAACGGGCAAUAUAAAUAAUCGUUUUCGUGCCGAGAAGAAAAUCACUGCCAAGUCGAUCGAUGGUGACGGCAAUAUUGGUGACAUGAUAUGCACAAGCACAACAACAACAACCACAACUACAACAACUACCACCGAAGCAAUCAAUGGCAUCGAAAUAUUAAGUUUAUUAAGUACAAAAAGUGAAAAUGUCGACGUGAAUAAUGCGUCGUCUCAAAUUACACUAAACACCCAAGCACAAGCACAACACAAUCAAGAACAACAGCAACAACAACAACAGAUACUACCAUCACUCACAUCACAAGCACCUUCACUAGCUUUACCAACAACACAAGCACUACAAUCACCAUUAAUACAACAACAACAACAACAACAUCAAGCAACAUCACAAAAUAACAACGAAGAUGUUAAAAAUAGCAAAAAUGCCGCUACCGAAAAGACCCAGUCCUAUACGAAUGCCAUACAAGCGCUGAUCAACAACACCAAUGUACGCGUUAAAAUCGCUGAUUUGGGAAAUGCCUGCUAUGAUUAUCAUCAUUUCACCGAUGAUAUACAGACACGUCAGUAUCGCUCCAUAGAGGUAUUGCUUGGCGCACCAUACACUUUCUCCGCUGAUAUUUGGAGCACAGCUUGUCUGGCCUUCGAACUGGCGACCGGCGAUUAUCUCUUCGAUCCGCAUAUGGGCGAAACUUAUUCACGUGAUGAGGAUCAUUUGGCGCACAUAAUUGAGCUAUUAGGCGCAAUACCGCCCUCGGUGAUAUUUCGUGGUCGACAUGGACUCAAAUUCUUCACUAGUUAUGGCAGCCUGCGUAACAUUACGAAAUUGAAACCGUGGAGUCUAUUGAACGUACUCAUCGAAAAAUAUGACUGGGAUCCUAUAGAGGCGAAGAAAUUCUCCGAUUUUUUACUACCGAUGCUCGAAUACAAUCCCGUUAUACGCGCCUCAGCGGCCGAAUGUCUAAAUCAUCCCUGGCUGGAGCAGGAGGAGUUCGUCUGAAAUGUGAGCAUAUUCGUUUCACUCGUCGACUGAUUACCCACUAGCUGAAACGAACGCAAAUACGCACAUAGGAAAGCAAAAUGUUGCAUGUAAUGGAAGAGAGAGCAAACUAAUGUUGCUGAAGACAGGGCCGAGAGAGACUUACAAUUUCUCACAUUAUUAUUAAUUAAGCGUUAAGAAUUUACAUACAACAACAAACAAAUAAACUAAAAUAAAAGAAUAUGCGAUUUAUAAAGUAGACAUUAAUAAGAAUUUUUUAAAUAUUAAAUGAAAAAGUGAAAAUUAAAAUAAAGAUAAUGUUAAAAGCGUAGCAUGAAAAGUGAAAAUUUAUAUAAUAUGUAAUAUGUCAGUAAAAAAAAUUAAAUAUAAAAUAUACCUUUGAGUAAACAGCAACUAAGCAUUGGUAGUAAAUUAGUGGAAACUUAAAAAAUUUAAACUUAAACUUGUUAAAGUAAGUUUUCUAUGGGAAAAUAAAUGAAAAUAAUAACUCCAACGUAGCAUUAAUAAUAAAUUCUGAAAUAUGUAAUAAAAAAAAGCAAACAUUUUAAAUAAAAGACAAUUACGAAACUAAAAUACCAAAAAUAAAAUCAAAUUUGUAGUAUACCCUAACGACUUACAGACACACAUAUUUGCAUAUAUAUACAUACAUCAAUACAUAUACAUUUAUUAAAAAUAAAAUAAAAAUAGCAUAGUAUACUCAAAUGAAUUUUCGAAUCCACAUAUGCCUAACUGACUGACUUAUUUUUCAUAAAAAAAAUUUAAUAAACUAAAAACUUAACGGUAACAGCGUAAUAUAUAAAUGAAAUAAAUAUGAAGUACUAAAAUAAGAGAAGAAGAAAAACAAAAAUAUUUCAAAUUAUAAAAAAUUAUCAAAAUGGAGUGCAUAAAACAGCGCAUAAAAUUUUUUUUAAAUCAUUAAAAGUGGUACUUGACGCAAUUUGCAAAACGGUGUUUAAUAUAAUCGGCAAAAGUGUGCUGAUCAUUUUAUAAAUCAAGUUGUAGCAAAGGUUUGAGGUUUUGGUUGGAAACUUUAACGCUAAAAUCUAUACUAAACCAUCAAUCAAGUGUUUAGUGCACACUAAUGCCAUGUUCAAAUCAAAACUUAAAUUACUCAAGUGAAAAUAAAACUACUCACUAAGCACAGCUGUUCAUUCUGCUGUUAUUGUUUUUGUUUACAAACAGGCUUCAAAAUUUUUACUGUCAGUAGCAGCAGUAUUGAAUUUAUAUUUGCAAAAUUCACAAAUUGAAAGUGAUGAAUUUCAUAAAAUUAAUAAAUUUAUAUACG